AUGGUGAAUCUUCCAGAUGACAAAGGAAAAGCGAAGAGACGAAUGCAGAUUGAGAUACAGGACUUGGAGGGAUUUAAACUGCAUGUCACAUUGUGGGAUGCUUUUGCUGAGCAAUUCAAUGAUUAUGUUUCUAAUCAUAAAGAUGAGGGAAAAAAAAAACCUUCUCUUUCUAAUUCAUUUAAUGGUACGAGGUUGUUCAUCAAUUCUGAAAUUGAUGAAAUCAAGGAUUUCAGAAAUAGUCUGCUUGAGGAGAGUAGCGAAUCUAAAUUGUCACAACAGCUUACAAUGCUUUUUGGAUUGUCUUAUUCAUAUCGUGAAGAUUUUCUAGACAACCACAAUAAAGCAAAUAUUGUUGAAAUUAGCGAAGCUACUGAGGCGAAGUCCUUGACUAUCUUAGGCACAGUUAAGGCUUUUAGGAAAGACAUUCCUUGGUGCUACAAGGGUCGCAAAAAGUGUAGUAGAAAGCAUGGUGAUUUAGAUAUGUUUCCGAAGGAGUUGAAUGUUUUGCUUGAUAGAAAAUUUGCCAUAAAGAUCGAAGUAAAUAAUUACAACAUAAAAAACAGUUGUUUUGUUUACGGUAUUUCAAAAUUAACUAAUGAUAAUAACAUUUUGAAUGAGUUGGAUUUGAGGUUUAGUGCUCAACAGUCUGCUGAAUCUGAUUCUGUAAAUGGUCAUUCAACAGAUUUAGGUUCUCAAGAUAAGUUAAAGGAUGUUUUUUCAUAUACGGGUGAGAAUGCAACUCCUGGCAAUGUGGAUAAGAGCACAUCAGAUAGUCUGGAAUCACAAGAAAAAAUGUAUGAUGAAAAGAUAUGUAAAAGUGUUGAUCUGAAGCGUGAUCUUGAUGAAGUUUAUGAUGCCGAUAAUGAAAUGAAAAGCACAAAUUUCUAA